UGGAGGUGGCGCAUCAACUAUUCUGUUGCAAAAAUUAAAUCAUUCGCCAAUAUCCCGGCCACCAACAUUAACAUUGUACACCAGACAUCCUUGUCCAAUGUGCGAUGACCUCAAGUACGAACUGGAAGAAUAUUUUAAAGGACGAUACAAUUUGGUAGAAGUCGAUAUCGCCCACAAAGAAAAUUUGAGGUGGUUGCGAUUAUAUCGAUACGAAAUUCCAGUCCUGUUUCUGGAAGGCCAAUAUUUAUGCAAACACCGAUUGGAUAAGGAUCAAUUGGAAAAAAGGCUACGAGAGUUAGAGAAUUUAGAGUAAUAAAUUUAUUGAGUUUAUAAUGCUGGAUGAGAUAAGACUGAUUAAUUAAUUUUAAAUAUUAC